GAUCAGACAUAGAUGUAGCCAAAUUGAUAGCACUCUGGCCCGUACCAACUUUUUACAUAACAUUUACGAUCAUGAGCGCUAUACUUGGAUUCUUCGGUGGAAAAGUCUUAAAACUGUCAUCAGCAAAGACAAGAUUUAUUACGGCUGGGAUCAUGUUCAACAAUGUGACAUCUCUUCCAUUAGGUCUUUUGAGAGGCAUAAAAAAUACUAGCGCGAUGAAUCUACUUGUUAUGGGUGAAAUGGAUACACCAGAAGAUUCUUUAAAACGUGGAAAAUCUUAUAUACUGUUAGCAGUUCUAUUCGGGACUUUAUUAAGCGACGGUCUAACAGAUCAUUUUAAUGCAAUAUUUAGAUGGAGUUUUGGUGCCAUUUUACUCAAAAAAGAAAAAGAUGAAGAUCCAUUGGCCAUUCUACCAACAGAAACAUCUCAUGUACAUCCUGUUCAUCAAGCUUUGUAUGCCACAGAGAUCACCUCGGAACCCGACGAAAGUACUCAAUUGUUGAUAACGCCAAAGAAAAAGAGAACAACAUGGACGAAAAUAAACAAUUUGUCAAUUAAGUGCAUUGUGAUAAUUAAAAGUAUAAUGAAUCCUCCAUUAUGUGCAGCUGGAAUUGCACUAAUAGUUGGCAUCAUACCACCACUCAAGGGUAUAUUUUUUGGAGAAAAUGCCACCCUUUCCGUUUUAUCAGAGGCCAUAGAUUAUAUUGGAACCAUAACGAUUCCAAUGACUUUGAUCUUGCUCGGAUCCCAGCUAAACAAUAUGCGAUAUUCUAAGGGAAAAGACUUAUUAUCGGCAAUAAGUUACGUAGUGACGUGCCGUUUUCUCAUAAUGCCCAUUUUUGGUGUAAUAUUGGUAUUAAUCACCAGAUUUUGGUACAUGCAUGAUCCGAUGCUCUGGUUUGUUUUAAUGUUGUUUGCCAGUGGACCAACGGCGAUAGGAUGUCUAAAUUUGGCGCAGUUAAAUGGAUCAUUUGAAGAAGAGAUGGCUGCCUUGCUAUUUUAUUCUUAUUUAGCUUAA